CUGAAGAGAAGUAGUAGCAUCUACAGAAAUAACUCGUCAUCGACACCUAUAGAUGUUUAAGUUAUAGAUUGUGUUGUAUUUAUCUCGGAUUACACUGGAUUGGCCAGCAGUCUGAGUGGGGAUUUUCAGCAUGUCUGGACGGAAGAUGGAUGCUCAGUCUCCAGGUCGCAACACUGCUGAACGGACCAGCGUUACAGCUCAGGAAAGAGGAACGGCUGUUGUUCCCGUGAUCGAUAGAAAUAAUAUUCAAGGCCCUUUGACAGUGAACAUAAACCACAUAUAUAGAGAUGACAGAAGUACAGGGGCUGCUGGCCAGGAUGGUGUAGGUAUGAAGUCAGCAGAUGGGACACAAAAGAAAGAUUCAAGUAUCAAAAUUCCAGACUUCAUCUACAGGCUGCAUUUAAGUAAUUUCUAUCCCAGUAAACUGACAACUGCAAAUGCCUUCAAUAUAAGCAGGACUUCAUUUUUAAAAGAAGAGCCCCAGUCAGAAAAGAAGCCACUGAAAGUGGAGGACUUGGCCUUUGUGUACCUACAUAAAUUGCUCACACUUGAUUACAGAGCCAGGUCCUUAACCAUUCAUAAUGAAUGUGUCACCACUAAAACAGGGAAAAGAUCUGCUGAAAACAAAGAUUUUUAUUCUUUUCUGAAUGAUGAGUGUGAGUAUACUGAUAAUGAAGAUGGAAACACACAGAUUCACCCAAUGGACGUCCAGAUGGCAGUUUUCUACUGUGCUGACAGUUUCCUGAGGCAGAACAUGGUGACUAAACUCUCCUCCUGCCAAUACGCUCUGCCUCUGCUUGUGCCCAGUCCUACAUCUACAGACAUUGAACUCCCUCUCUGGACCUUUCGGCAGAUCAAGAAGAUCUGGAAGUCAGUUGGUGGUCUCAGCACAUCAUUGCCAGUCUGUCAGAUUAAAGCUCCAAUGGUGUUUUUCUGCAGGCUGGGCUCUGUUUCCACUUCCAAAUCCGAGCUGCUCAAUUCUGUGAUUAACCCAAAGCAUGACACCUUCUUCCACAGAGACAGUCCAGGCAGCAGCAGGAGCCGCCUGUUCAUGGAGGGGCUGGUGGAGAUUGCCUGGUACUGUCCUGCAGGGAACACUGAUGACCUUUUUAGUGAAUGCAUUGCAUUCUGCAAUCUUCAUGGUGAUGCUGUAAAGAACAGAAAACAAACUAACUUUCUGAGUGAACAAGCAACAGUCAAUGUUGUCCUGAUGGAAAACACAAAGAAGCAUAACGACAAAGACAGAGAGAUGGUACAGAAGCUCCAUAAUUUGUCAAAGCCUUUGAUCUGUCUUAUGAGUGAACAGAAAGGUACAAACACAAUGGGAAAUGGAUAUAACAUAAAAUAUAAAAUAGGACUCAGAGACAGAAACCAGGCGGAGUUACAUGAAGAACUGAUAUCAGUAAUCAGUACCUGUUUGCAGAAAUGUAAUUCAGCUCCCACUUUCAGUCUUGAGGCAAGCACAGAACUGGCUAAAAGUUAUGGAUUCAGAGUUGAUGAAGACAGUCAGGAAUGCCAGGCAGGAAAGACUGGAGCUCUGGAGGUCAUAAAGCUGCUGAAAGGAGGAGACAUCUCCCGAAUCAAGGCCAAGUUCCUGCCAUGUCAGGGGAAACUGUGGCAGGAUUGGAGCAGGAAGAACAAAGAACAGUAUAGAUUGUAUGGAGAUGUAGAACAGACCAAGAGCAAAAUACAGGACCACAUGAAAUCAAUACGGAAUCAACAAAGGAGGACUUCACUAGACUUAAUGAAAGCUGUUUGUAAAAAUUUAACCUUCAAACAGAUUUCAGAGAAAAUGUACUUUGUGAGAUGGCUUGGAGUCUACCUAGACGUCUCAUUUUUAGAGAAGCUUUCAGAAGUUACUCAGCAAUAUUACAAACAGUUGUCAGACCUGCAAAUUUUGAAACAAAAACGAGAAAUAACUGAUGAGUUCAGAAAAAAGCAGGAAGAACUUAUACAAUUAUCAGAGAAGGUGGAUGCAGUGACGUUUGGUCUGGAGCACAUAGUGAGAGAAAUGGGUCAGAUUUAUGAGGCCUGGGCUGAAACUCCUGACAGAAUGACAGCAGAGGUUUCUAUUCUCCCUGUUCUGGCUGCAGACCUCCUGAUCUCUGGACAUCCACUGGAGCUGAUGGAUGGAGAUGCUGCUCAUGUCCCUCUGACCUGGAUACAGUCUGUUCUUGACAAGGUCACUGAGAGACUGGGAGACCAGAGAGUGUUCGUGCUGUCUGUUCUGGGUCUGCAGAGCUCAGGAAAGUCCACCAUGCUGAAUGCCAUGUUUGGGCUGCAGUUUGCUGUGAGUGCUGGCAGGUGCACAAGGGGAGCUUUCAUGCAGCUGAUCAGAGUGAAAGAAGAGGUUAAAGACCAGCUGAAGUUUGACUACCUGCUUGUGGUCGACACAGAGGGGCUUCAGUCUUUACAACUGGUGAGCAAACAGUCAGGACUCACUCAUGACAAUGAACUGGCCACUUUCGUCACUGGUCUUGCAGAUCUGACUCUGAUCAACAUCUUUGGGGAAAAUCCAGCAGAAAUGAAGGACAUCAUUCAAAUUGUAGUCCAGGCAUUUCUAAGAAUGAAAAAAGUAAAACUCGCUCCCAGCUGCAUGUUUGUUCACCAGAACGUUGCAGAUAUCAGUGCUGGAGAGAAGAACAUGGAGGGAAGAAGUCAACUGCAGAAACAACUGGAUGAAAUGACUCAUUUGGCUGCAACUCAAGAAGUGUGCAGUGCAGAGUUUUUUACUGAUGUGAUCAAAUUCAACAUACAGACAGAUGUGCAUUACUUUGCCCAGCUGUGGGAGGGAAACCCCCCCAUGGCUCCACUAAACCCACGUUACAGUGAAAAUAUUGAAAAUCUCAAACAGGCCAUUCUCAAAACUGCAGCAGGAAAGAAAUGUCUAAAACUCUCAGAGCUCAAAGUCCGUAUUAAAGACCUGUGGAGUGCAGUGCUGAAUGAAGACUUUGUGUUCAGCUUCAAGAACACUCUAGAAAUAUCAGUGUACAGGAGACUGGAGGUCAUGUAUGGCAACUGGACAUGGGAGCUCAGGGAAAGCAUGCUUUUUAUUGAGAAAAAACUGCACAACUGGGUUGAAAAUGGAAAAGUUGUUGCUAUUAAUCAAAGACGGAUUCAUGAAGAAAUCAGCGGUACUUUCUGUGCUGUGAAAAAUAAGACGGAAAAAUUCUUCGCUGAAGAUAAAGAUGCUGAGAUCCUUUCACAGUGGAAAGCAAGAACAGAGCAGAGAAUUAAAGCCGUACAUGAUAGUCUCGUUGAAGCGGCUGCAAGAAAAAUGGAUGAACUUAUUAAAUUAAAGAAAGCAUGUAAAAAGCUAGACGAGAAGAAAACCCAGUAUGAGAAUGACCUGUUCAACAGGAGUAAAGAUUUGGCUUCUACACUGGAAGAUAUGGACAUGAAUGAGAGGAGCCUUUGCAGAGAGUUUGACUCAAUGUGGGGAAAAUGGCUUUCAGAUUUGAGGGCAGAAACGCCUCCAAUUAAAGACGUCAAAGUAGAGCAAGAAGUGAUGAACAUACUGAGUUCAUAUUUUGAGCGUCGCACCAUUUAUUCCAACAGAGACAGUGGACAUUACAAAUGGAUUUAUAACAGAAGAGAUUAUUCUGACUAUGUCACAGUGAAGAAAGGCACGUUUGGCAUUUCAUAUUAUAGUUUGGACACCAAAGAUCAUGACUCAGUCAGAAAGCUAGUGCAGCAGACAGUGAGAGAAGCCAAGGAGAUCAUUAGAACUAAACCAGUGCACAAAACAGGCUACAGUGACGCUUACACACAGGAGAUUGUGAACUGUGUGAAGAAGAGAGUGGCAGAGUUUAAAGCUGAGAAAUUCACCCUGAAGAAUGAAUUCACAGUGGAUUUGUCUCUGUAUGUCUGUGACAUUGCAGUAAGAAGGUUCACUGAUCUUCACAAGGUCUUCAGAGACGCUAAUGAUCCUGUGAUUUACCUGGGAAGUAAGAAAGGAGAUUUUUUCUCCAUCUUCAAGAAGCAAUGUGAAGGAGUAUCAGCCACCGUGGUGUUUGCAGACUUUGUCUGUAACAAACUCAAGCCGUCUAUCCUGCAAUCUGUCUAUGAUCAAACUGCCAUUGAUGCAGCUGGAGAAAUGAGGGCAAACUUCCCAGCAUUCAAUGGAAACAGGUCAAACCUGGAAAAACACAUCCUGCUGGAUCUGGCAGAAGCUGAAAGCUUUGAGAGAUUCAUGACCUACAUCGAGGAUCCAAAGAAACACUUUUCAGAUUUUAUUGAAACAGAGUUCAAAGAGCAAAUGCUGGAAGGCAGAAACCCCAGAAUAUUGAAAAUUCUAAGGGAUGCUGCAAACAUGAAGCAUUCCAGUGUUUCCACAGCCAUCCAGAAGGCCACAGAGGAAACUAAACGCAAAAAAGAUGUGCAUGAGUGGCUGAAGAGGUUUUCACAGGAGCUCGAAGGUGAAGUGAUAUUUACUGUGAAUGAUGUUGAAGGAGCUCAUUACCAAGAAAACACUGAGACAGACUUUUUUGGUGAAGUGAUGAAUGAAACCCUCCACAGUGUUUUUAAUGAGAUGACCAGCAGCUUUGACCACAUCUCUUCAAUCAGGAUGGAUGUGUUCAAACCAGAAAUCAGACCAGAAGAUAUUCUGAAAAACCAGUUGUGUGGGUGUUGGGUUCAGUGUCCCUUCUGUGCAGCUAUUUGUACAAACACCAUAGAAGGACAUGAUGGGAAGCACAGUGUUCCUUUCCACAGACCUGAAGGAGUCACUGGGUGGAAGUGGUACAAGACCGACAAUCUAUCAGUAGAUAUCUGCACCAGUUCAGUAGUGAGUGAUGCUCAAAUAGUCUUACCAGAUGAAAAGUGUGUCCCUUACAGGAAGUAUUGGGAAGCUGGACCAAAAUAUGCUUGUUGGAGCAUCACACCUGACACUUCAGAACAGGCCUACUGGAAAUGGUUUGUGUGUCGGUUUCAGAGAGACCUGGAGAAGCACUACGGCAAAACUUUUAAAGGAAAGGGGGAGAUUCCUACAGCUUGGAGGAACAUCACUAAGCAGAAUGCCAUAGAAAGUUUAAAUAAUUAAUUCUCAUGUGUAAGGGCCAAAAACUAGAAUGCCAGAAAUACAUGGUCUUCAAUAUAAUUUAAAUUGCCAUUAUUAUAUUUCUUUCCUUUGUUUUUUUUUUCUCUUGAUAAUCAUUUCUGGAAAGCAACUGUUGUCUUAAAUAUUUAAUGCUGAACCAGCAGGAAAUGUAAACUUACACCUAAUACCCAAAAGAAUAUAAACAUCAUCUGAUGGUUUCAAGUAGUUUUGGGAAAUGAUGUCUGAUGGUUCUUAGGGAUUCCUACCAAGCAGCAAGUAUCUAUACAACAGAAUGUAGGAUGUCAAUUAAUUUGUGACCUUUAAUGUAAAGUGUUACCCGCUACUUACCGUGAAUUCAAAAGAUCUAUCAAACCUAUGAAUUCUUGCCAUGUCCAGUGAAAAAAAAGUUGGAAAUUUUGAAAGCACUGAGCCAAAGCCCCACAACUUGACUAAGUUCAGACCACUUAUUUUGUUAAGAAGAAAAUCUCUCCCCUUACCUUCUACAGGUCACUGGCAUGAAGGUUUGAAUAGACAGUCUCAAUGGCAGAAUGAAAUAAAAACUCCCAACAUCUCUCAUCUCUAAAAUUGAUCUCUGAAGUCAAUCUCUAAAAUUACAUCGUGUUUUGAAGUGUGGCAUCACCUCAUGGCCUUGAUACAUCAGCUCUAGUGCAGAUAAUUGUGUGCACAUCUCAACACCAUUCAUUUACAUUUGGAAAGCUAAUAAAAAGGGGGACUAAGGACUGCAAGCUAGUUUUAUCUCGCUUGGCCAAGAUGGAUUUGAUUUUCUGGGAUGAACCACAAGAGGGAAAGCAGAACAUCUCUGAGGAUUACCUGUAAAACUGAUUGUAUGAAUAAAAUGUGCAGCCACACUAUGUGAGUUUUUUCAUGAACAUUGUUUGUUCCAUAUAUUUACAUGAAUGACGGACCAUGCCCUAUAAAUAUAUUCAGCUUUAGAGACUUAAAACCAUCUGAUAAGAAGACAAAUACCUGGAUCCCAUGUGAGCCAAGAGGAUGUAGUCUGGUGCCUGGUGGUGAUUUAUAUACACGCCACCAUAUCUGUGCACAUUUGAUUCAAGUCUGAAGGACCUUAUUAGAUCCUACUGGUUACAGACUCUGAAAGUCAAAGACGUGAGGCUGCAUUUACAUGCGAGAGGCUACAAGACAACAUGCUACUGAGUGAUGUGCUAGUAACCUCUCCUCAAUAGCCUACACAUGCCUGUUCUACAUGGUGUAAUGUCACAUACAGGCCAGAAGAUGGAACAUUUAAGCUUCAUAAACUUAUAACUCCAUUAACUUUCCAUCAUAAGACACUUUAUACAUAGGAUGUCUACAUAAACAUUCUUGUCUUACAUAUACACAAUGUUUUAUUAAUGACAGUUCAGUACUGAAGAUGUAUUAAUGUUUUAUAUUAAUUUGAAGUACUAGUGAAACUCCCUACAUUUGACCAGGUAAACAAGAGCUUUUUAACAGUGUAAGUGAUGAAAACCUUGUUAACGUGACUGAAAUGCAUGUUAUGAGGAUCUCUUAAUUAAAGUAGUCCACUUCAAUUCAGCUGGUAUUUCAGAAUCUACAGGGAAUAGAUGAGUAUUAUGCGAUGAUAAAAUUCCUUUAAAGGGAAGAGAGUACCCGAUGAAGGACUAGCAACCUGUCCUGCCUUCCACCUGACGAAUGCUGGCAUAGGCUUUGGUGUAUUGUAUGAUGCUACAAACCCAGGGGGUGUAUGGUGUUUGUUUUGUGCUCUCUUGUAAUCACUUUUCCCCUAGGGUUGGUGUCUUGAGGGCUCUGAUUUUGUACAGCCGUAGUUACUUAUGGGCUGGUGAGACUUUGCAGAAGAGAGGGCUGUUCCAGUGGUCGCACAUGUGCCAUCAGCCUCCACCUGACCAGACCAAGCACCCAAAGCUUUGUUUGUGAACUCAUGUGUUAGCCUGUUGUAUGAGUUUGCCUAAAUACUUGUAAAGCUCUCUUUUUGUACGUUGUUUUUUUUUUUUUUUUGUAUUUUGCUUUCUCCUGGUUUGGGACAGGGAGCUAGCCUUAACAAUUUUGUUUUGUGUUAGCUGAGUUAUCUUUUUGGUUUCUAGUUUGUCUUUGGCAUUAUCUCACCCCCUGAACUUUUCUCUUCAUUAUGUUCACCUACACCUGACCAGUUUAAAGCUAGAUUUACCGGCAUUUAUAAGAUGGUGUUCUUGUCUAUGUAAUAGCUUUGGCCAAUUUGCAGUUAAUUUUGCACAUAAGAAGAAAGAGAUUAUGUCCUGUUUGCCUUUAAUUUACUGAUUAACCUUAGUAACUAUAUUUCUAUUGAUUUGCUGUGAUUAGCUCUAUAUUCACUUUGGUGCAAACGUCUAUAAUCUUGUCUGACUUUUAAUGCCAGAUGUGCUGUUACCAAGUAUGUGGUUUCAUCCUAAAACAGGGCUCUUAACUGGUAUCAGGUAUGCCCCAAACUGUUUGACCUUUUUCCUAAGAACAGUUUGAGGGUUCAUAGUUGUCUUACCAAAUGGCUGUAAUGGUCAUAAAUUACAGGUCAUGCAGAGCCAAAUCUGUUUUGACUAGUUUUAGCAGGUACAUGGAAUGUUUAACUCUCCACUUGCUUAAGCAUCGGAUAAUGGCAAAAGAGUCAGUAUAAAAAGGGUUUAACCCAGGAGAUCAGCAGUUAAGCGGAGUUAGUAGUGGUUAAGGGGCUUAUAUCACAGAGGUCACCUGCAGUAGCAGAGACUUCUUUAUCUGUUGAUUAUGAACAGAGAGAUGGCAGACUUUUGAACUGCUGAGAGCAGAGAGACAUGCUAGAGCCUUUUUGACUUUAAUUAGUUAAACUUUCUGAGCAUUAAACCAAUGAUUUUUGCAUGAUUUAUAAAUCUUUCUUAAGGAUUAUGAAAACUUUUUCUCUGAUGCAUUCUUUGAAUAAAUCUACUAUAGAUGUUUUUGGACUGUUUCCCGACUCUGGCUGCAUAUUCUAUGGUUCACAAUUCACUUUUAAACUAUACAAAGAAAAAGCAAGUAAUAGUGUUUCACUUCAGUUAAAUGUCAGAAAACAUUUAAACAAAUAAGGGCUAAAGAAACCUGCAAUGCACUUACCACAGAAAAGUACAGUUCCUUUUAAAGAAGAGAAUUGAAAGUAAGGUAAAAUCUUACUUAUGUAAUGCAAAAGUUACAGUAUUGUAAAAUUCAUGAGCAAUGCAGCAGUUAAAGCACAUUACGGAGUAAUACCUGUGAACCACGGGCUUGCUAGACAUUUGACAAAAUAUCAAAUAUGAUGCUAUAUAAACAAUAAUAAUAUAAACAGUAUAAACAUUUUAUUAAAGCAUCUUUAAAGGCUCUAGAUAUUAUAAAACCCUAAAUGACUCUGAAGGACAUGGUCACUAAAGCUAAGCUUAAAACACAUUUUUAUCAAUUAGCAUUCAGCAAUCGUUGAUCUGUGGACUGAUCUGUUGUCUGUACACUGUUGUGUGAAUGUGUUAGUGGUUUUCGGAAGGUGGGAAUCCUUUUUGUUUUCUUGUAAAGCACUUUGGUUUUAAAUGUGCUAAAUAAAUAACAUUUAUUUACUUACACUCUACACUCAAUUCAAAGCUCUAGACUGACACAGACAUUUUUUUAUAUAUUGUUAAUGUAAUAGUAAUAUUAAUAUAUUAGUAAUUUAUGUAUUAUUGUGUUUCUUAUUUCUUCUCUUAAGGCCAAACAAUAUUGUUACUCUCAAGAGCGGUUGGGAGGGAAAUGAUUAAUUGUAGAGAAACUCACAGACUCUUUACAGUGGUGGUGAUAGGAACCAGGGGUCACCAUGACUACAAUACAAAUUUAGCCACUUUAUUUACUACACAAAACCACCAGUGAACCACCAUGUGUCUUCUGAGUAUUAGGAGUAAUACUGAUGGUAAAAAAGAGGAAUGUCUAUGGAAAAAAAGUAAAAAGUUUUCUUUGGGCACAUCUUUGUAAUGCCUUGCAUGUAUCCCUCCACCAUGCAUGUAAUUGAAGAAAUGAUUGUGUAGUUUGUGUAAGUAAUUGUAGCAAUGAACUGCUGUUUCUAAAAAAUAUGCCAAUAUCCUACCGACCUCAGUGCUGUUUGAGAAUAAAACAUUAUAAUGUUG